UCGUGUUCGGGUUAUUCCGUGGAAAAAAGCUGCUCUCCUCCAUUUUGCAUAGUUACGUGUGUGUGUGUUGAAAGCUUCUCUGCUCCUGCAAUCCGUAUCACGCCGUGGAGACCGCUUUCCUGCAAUGGACGGCAUUGCAAGCGAUGUUGCAGUUGGUGUAAAGAGAAGCUCAGAUGAAUUGCUGUCUGGCAGUCUCUACAACAGUCCAAACUCUUCAGUCACUGCUAAUGGAAGUGACAGUAAGAAACUGAGGGUGGAGGACAGCAUGGAUAGCCCUCCGUCUAGAGUUAUUCAUAUCCGGAAACUUCCAAAUGAGGUUUCUGAAACUGAGGUCAUUGCCCUGGGUUUGCCCUUUGGAAAGGUCACCAAUAUUCUGAUGCUUAAAGGCAAAAACCAGGCAUUUCUGGAACUUGGAACAGAGGAAGCAGCUAUUACCAUGGUAAACUACUACACGGCAGUUACACCACAAGUGCGUAAUGUCCCAGUGUUCAUUCAGUACUCCAAUCACAAAGAGCUCAAGACGGACAGUGCUCUCAACCAGCGGGCUCAGGCGGUGCUGCAGGCAGUGUCAGCGGUCCAGGAGGGUGGCUCUCCAAGCUCAGACACGGCAAGCGAGAGCGUGUUAACGCCUGCCCCCAGUCCAGUGCUGCGAAUAAUCAUCGACAACAUGUUCUACCCAGUCACCCUGGACGUCCUCCAGCAGAUCUUCUCCAAAUUUGGGACUGUCAUGAAGAUAAUCACAUUUACCAAAAAUAACCAGUUCCAGGCUCUUCUGCAAUUCAGUGAUCCAGUGAAUGCCCAGCAGGCUAAACUGUCCUUGGAUGGCCAGAACAUAUACAACUCCUGCUGCACUUUGCGCAUUGACUUCUCCAAGCUGGUCAACCUGAAUGUUAAAUACAACAACGACAAAAGCCGGGAUUAUACCCGGCCCGAGCUGCCUGCAGGAGACGGCCAACCACCCGUGGAUCCGUCUGUGGCUGCCGCUCUCAACAAAGACUCCACUUCCCUGCUCGGUACUCCCUCUGGAAUGGUAACUUCCUACUCUAGUGGUGGAGGGUUUCCAUCUUCUCUAGGUGCCAUCAGCCCUCUGAGCGCGGCUGCGGCGGCGGCGGCAGCAGCCGGGAGGGUGGUGCUGUCGGGACACUCGGGACCUGGUGGUGUGCUCCUGGUCAGCAAUCUCAAUGAGGAGAUGGUUACGCCCCAAAGUCUGUUUACCCUCUUCGGUGUCUAUGGUGACGUGCAGCGUGUGAAGAUCCUUUACAACAAGAAGGACAGCGCCCUCAUACAGAUGUCCGAUGGAAACCAGGCCCAGUUAGCCAUGAGCCACUUGAAUGGGCAGAAGAUGUACGGCAAGAUCAUUCGGGUGACUCUUUCCAAGCACCAGACAGUACAGCUGCCUAGGGAGGGUUUAGAUGAUCAGGGUCUAACCAAAGACUUUACCAGUUCUCCUCUGCAUCGCUUCAAGAAGCCUGGAUCAAAAAAUUUCCAAAACAUCUUCCCCCCUUCAGCUACACUUCAUCUCUCCAACAUCCCUGAAAGUGUGACAGAGGACGACUUACGACUGCUCUUCUCAAACUCUGGCGGAACAGUAAAAGCGUUCAAGUUUUUUCAAGAUCGCAAAAUGGCUUUGCUGCAGAUGGCCACAGUGGAAGAGGCAAUUCAAGCACUCAUCGACCUUCACAACUACGAUAUGGGUCGUGGUCAUCGUCUGAGAGUGUCCUUCUCGAAGUCUACCAUCUGAAGAUCAUCUGGUGCUGUGUCUUUCCUUUCAUUUCCCCAUGAAGAUCAAGUUAAAUUUAUUUUUACCAGUCAUUCCUUAAUACCAUAUCAAAACGAGCAUGGCUGUUGAAGAGAACAUUUGCUCUGUAUUUGCUUCAACUAUUUGUUUUAUUUUGUGUUAUUUCAGCUGUUGUUGUUUUUUUUUUUCAAAAAGGCUGAUUUCUGUUUAAGAAAGGAUUGACAAAAAUGUGCCUUACUUAGCAAAUUGUGUCAUUGUUUCGCUCCCGUGGUUACAGAUUAUAGACGUUGAGGCACAUUGGUAUAUGAAAUGUGAGAUGAUAAAGAAAAAGUUACUCUGAUAAUCUCCUGGAUUGUGUUGUUUUCAAAGUGAUGGCGUGAACUCUUGCCCAGUAUCUUAAAAUGUUUUUUUUUUUUUAAAGCUAGUUUCAAUCUACUGAAUUGAAUUUAAAUUCAAGAUUUUGAUGGGAUAUGCUCCAAGUUGUAAAUUUCCUUUGUAUAUUUUUGGUUUAUUCGGUGCCAUAGUGAUUUUUUUUUGUGUAGUGAGGCACCCGAGGUAUUUUUUGUGAUUUAAAUUCUGUGAUAAAACAAUGAAAGUGGGGAGCAUAGUGUGUAAUAGAUAGUAUAUGCUUUAAUAUUUUUCACUCGGCUUUGCUUAAGUGAAUUGUUUUACCCAUUUUUAAAGUGAAAAUCCAUUUUUUUAUCAGAGCAUGUGCUGAUGGAUCUUGGCAGUUGCAUGUGUCAGAUUGACCAUGUUUAACGUUGUGAUGUCAUUAUUGUAGGGACUGUUGGGACCAAAGUAAAUGUGCCUUUAGUCUUUCUUUAUUCUACAUUGUACAAAACUUUUAUUCAACCUCGGGAAUAUUUUUAUCAACAGAAAAACAGACAUCACUCAAACGAUCCUUAACUGUUUUUGAUCUUGGUUAUUUAAAGAAAAUCGCUCAUUGAUGACCUCUUUGUAUCAUUUGUUUUUAAAAAAGUGGUUUGACCUGGGAAACGGGGGGGCAUACUGUAAAUUUUUUACAUGAAUUUAGUUUUUACAUCUUUAGGAAUGUAAAGAAGUGGCACAAUUAAAAGUUCAUUUUCCUACAAAGAUUGUGCUUGACGGUCCCUGUGUGGUGUAGUGCUUUUACACUGUAGCAUGCUAAAAUAAACUCUUCUCACUCUGCAUUCA